UCAUCGCCUUUAUUGCACGUUUGAAUUUUAGACUUGACAAGGAAUGGAUGUUAAAUUAUUACAAAGGAUUUUGGGAUACGAUGUGUUCACACCGUAGUACGUAUAGUAUUCAUUCAUAAUGUUAGGGUCACGUGACUAAGUAUUGUUAUCCUGUAUUUUUUUGCAUAGACCACUAACAAUAAAAUGAUAUUACACCACACGGUUUGUUUAUAAUGAGACGGGAUCCAUGACAUGACUGGGACUAAGUAUAGCAAGCAGCCAUUGGUUCUUGAAUAAAUCUGUAUGUAAUGCUCAAGCAUCAAAAAGUUGAUGAUUUAGAAAAAUCAAGAGACGACCAAGAUGUUAAGUGGCCGGACGAAUACAUGAAAAUAUCUGAAACAAAUUUUGAUAACUCGUUCGAACAGCAACAGCGCACUGACGAUGAGACACGAUCGAAUUCCAGCAGUGGGAGUACAUGUACAGCAACAUCAGUAGUAGAUGCAAACAUGGAAACAUUAAAUGGUUGCUUAUGUUCCGACCCGAAGAAACUCUCUGAAAUUCAUGACAUCUUUGUCUAUUCGCCCACAACGACUCCAGUAAGUUCGAAGAUUAUUACAUCACUUUCUGAACACAAUUUUCUGUGUUGUGAUUCGGGAUCUUUUAUCCCAGGGGAAACCAGAUUGGACAACUUUGGAAAUUGCUUAGACAGUUCAAAACAGCUUAUUCUUGUAAUUUCUCCAGAUUUUUUGGAAUGUCAGUUAAGCCUGUUUUACAUUCAAAUGGCCGUGAUAUAUGGCGUGGAUAGUAAACAGAAAAGGUACAGAAUUUUAGUGGUAUUAGACGGAGUUAAAAAAUCAAGCAUACCAAAAACAACCAAAGGUUUAACGUGCAUAAGUGCCAAAGAUAAAGAUUGGCUAAGUAGAUUACUCAAAUUUGUGAAAGAUGAAGAUCAUGGUGAUGCCUCACAGCUCCACGUAACCACCACCGAUACAGCUAUGUCUGAUCCAUUACCUUUAAGAGAUAUACCAGCUUCCGUAAAGAAGAACAACCGAAUGUUACUUAAGAAAGUAAAAUCACAAUCAUCGAUGACAGAAGAACAAGAAAGGAUUUUGUUGAAACCAAUUGAAUGCGAUAAUGUGGACUUUGAGUCAAAUAUGGAGUAUUUUUACCGUUUAAAAGCAGCCCAGAAACGGGUUUAUGAAAUCAUUGAGACGUUUAAUAGCCAGAAAGUGAGAGUGGAUUCCGGGGACAUUGUUGAAAUAAUUCAUUCUACAAAAUGUAAAAAACGUGUGAUUAUACAAAAUGCAAAAGGAAAGAAAAUGAAAAUUCGAACAUCAUUAAUCUCGCCGGUUUUAUUCGAAAUGCCGUCCAUUGUGACCAGUAAAAUGACCUGCCCAAUAACACAGAGUCAAAACACAAACUUUAUGGAAGAAUUAAAGCAUCUGGGUUGUAGAAUGGUGAGAGCGAAGGAUACAAUACUGGCACAUCAUGACCAUCAGCUAAAAAUAAGCCCUGGAGAAAUCUUGCGAAAUCUUCUAGGGAAAAACGAAAAUGACAAAUGGAUUCGGGUAAGGAAUUUUCGCGGUCAGACUGGAAUAGUGGAUGGAUCUACAUGUGAACCGGUCGUUAUAUGAAUGCGUAGAAACCAAUGUGCAUUCAAACACAGCAUUGCCUUGCUUUGAAAGCCAAAUAGAAAAUAUGCUUUUUUUCUUACACCUUUUACACGCCUACAUGUAAUAUUGACCCACAAUCUAAAUAAAAUACAGAUCUAUAUUUCGUUUCGGUUUUUUUUAUAGUUUAUGGGAUCUGUGUUUUAAUUAGAUCGAUUGCCCUACUAUCUGUUUGUCUGUCCGCCCACUCAGUUUAAAUUCUUUGAGCUUCAGUACAGAUUACAAAUUUUGAUAUUUAAACGGGCAUUAUUCAAGAUAUAAAUCUGCCUAUUGUAGGUCUUUCGUUGGGUCUAAAAUGUUCUAUAAACUAUUAAUUAGAAAUUUAAUAAUCACGUCUCGAUGCCAUCGGAUAGGUUCGAUUUUAAGUAGAUUUAAGUUUCGAACAUUCAUUUUGCAUUAUCUAUUUUUUAACUAUUAUAGCAAGGACCGUCAUCUCUGUAUCUAAAUCUUACGUAAUGUAAUGUAUGUUUAAUUUAGUCUUAAUUUUUCUGGUUUUGUUCGGCUAUUAAUAAGAAGGAAACGGAUGUAAAUUUGUUCCUGGAAGUACAUGUAUUGUCCAUAGCGAGCAAACUGUUUAAAACCUUGUAAGGGUGAAACUUUCUAGCAUGUCUGCUGCGUCUCGGACAAUCCAAAAAUCCCCGAUAUAGGCGACUCGUUAGCCCCAUGAAGCUGCACUUUUCAACAAAAAACCGAUGGGAUAACAACAGUACCAUCACCAACAGGAUAAAUAGCUACAUUUAUGGGAGUCCUGUAAAUUUAAAGCCACGUUUUGCAUUCAAAUAUUUUAAUAGCAUUUGUUAUAAAAUAUAUCGACUUUACUCAAAUUUAUUUUAUUUAACAAUUGUAAAGGGUAAUUUAUGCGUCUCCGUGACAAUUUGGUAUUAUAUUGUGGUCCCUCAUCUAGAUCCAAUCUGUUUCACAACGAUAUGGCGAAAGCCUUCUUAUACCUCUGUGUUCGUUCGUUCGUUUCUGGAGUUUUACGGCCACUUCCACCUAGGGUGAUAUCGUAGACAAUACCUCUGUGUUAGAUGACUGACCUUUAUAAGUUGAAGUAUGUCUUCCGGAGGUGACGUCACAUCACGGGGCGUCCAUCAUUGGCUAUAUGGCGCGGGCAUUGUUUACUGUCGUUGCAUUAACUGGUCCGGGUAGAACGGUGCCUUUUACUCAUUUUAUACCCAUUUACUAUAUACUUCAAAUAUUUUUUUUUAAUUUUUCUAAUAAUGUUUCUAAAAAUGUUUUAGAAUUUAAUUUGCAGAUGGAAAAAAAGUUAAUAACGCGAGCUCACUAAACCGCACCGAUGUCAUCCCUCUAAGUGAUUGAAUCGGCCUAGCGAAUAUUCACUGUUGAUCAGUGUGAUCUAGAUCUAUUACUAUUAAUACGUUUGAGAAAAUACAUUCUGUAUGCAACAUUUUAUAUUUGUAAUUGCAGAGAUUGGUUUAUUUAUAACUACUUAAAUUAAUUCUAUUUUAUUUGAAGAAGAUAUUAAUUCAUGGCGAAAACUCGUUAUACUUUGUAUUAUAAACAGGGGCACACAAACAUAUUUACCCAUCGUGGGGUGGGGUGGGACACCAUAAAAAUAAAUCGGCACAUUCAUCGUUAGAAAAUCAAUUAUUACCUCCAGUUAGUUCGAAAAGUAUUUAGUAAGUAUAGCUUUAUGUAAUUUUUAAAUGACUCCAUAGAAUAUUGAUUUGUAGGCCUCAUAAGAGACUCUGGCAAACCGUCCAUUCCCCCCCCCCCCCUCCUCCCCAAAAAAAGGCUCACUCGGCCUAAAAAUCGGCCCAUUUGCCUAUCUGGACUCAGAUCAGGUGGGAUGCCGCAAGCCCCCCCCCCCCCAAAAAAAAAAAAAAAAAAUUCCCUGUUGUGCACACCUGAUUGCUAACUACUUCUAAUAUAGAUUUUAAUAAUAUGUCAUUAAUGGGUAUAUGUUACUUUGUUUUAUUGUACUAAAAUAUUAAUUAAUAAUAUUAUAUAAAUCAAAGGAUAUAAUCCAUUAUUUUGUUUCAUUUUUCUAAUUUAAAGAUAUGUAAAUAAUAAAUAUAUAUUAUUCGUUA